GUGCGGAGGCCGCGAAGUACGCGGAGCGGAGAGGGGGCCGGACGCAGCAGCGCGGCACCUGGGCAGGUCCUGUGCGUCCUGACCGAGGUCUGGUAACCAAGCUCUGUCCCAGAUCACCCCGCAGGGGCCAGCGUGAGCAGGGAUGGCUGGCAGGAGCCAGGACCGGAGCCUGCGGGAGGAGCUGACGUGUGCCAUCUGCUGUGACCUCUUCAGCCAGCCCGUCAUGCUGGACUGCAUGCACCACUUCUGCAAGUCCUGCAUCCAGCAGUACUGGGAGAGCUGUGACCACGUCCCCUCCUGUCCCCAGUGUCGCCGCGAGUUCCCCAGCCGGGCUUUCCGCACCCACUACCUGCUGGCGGGGCUGGUGGAGAAGCUGCGGCACUGCGGCUCUGCCGAGCACCAGCACAAGAUGCAGAAGCACCUGGAGGAUGCUUUGCAAGCUCGUCAGAAGGAUAUGGAGAACUUCUUGCAGAGGAAGCGUGCAGUGCAGGAGGGGAUCAGUGGCCUGAUGAAGGUGUCUGGGGAGCUGAACUUCAAGAUCCGGUCAGAGUUUGCCCGACUUCAUCAGAUCCUGGAGGAAGAGGAGAGAGCUGUGCUGGCAGAGCUGGCUGAAAAGGAGGAGCAGUCACUGGCACGGCUGCGUGGGGAUGUCCACAGGCUGGAGGAGGGGAUGGCAGUGCUGCAGAGGGACAUAGAGCACAUAGAGCAGAUCCUCAGCAAGAUGGAAGAGGUGUCGUUGCUGGAGGUGGAGAGCCUGGAUAUCAGACCCUCAGUGCAGGUUGAGACCCAGCCUGCCUUUGACACGGAGCUCUAUAGGGACAGCCAUGGUGGCCCCUUGCAGUACAUCUUCUGGAGGCAGAUGCUGAGGUCCAUCUGCCCCGCUCCUGCCCCACUCACCUUCGACCCUGAGUCAGCCCACCCCAACCUGGUCUUCUCCAGAGACCUGACAGCAGUGACAGAGAGGAGCAGAGCCCAGCCUGUCCCCAGCAGCCCCCGGCGCUUCCGUCAGUGUGUCAAUGUCCUCAGCUCACAGACCUUUGGCAGUGGCCAACACUACUGGGAGGUCUGGGUGGGCUGCAAAACCAAGUGGGACCUGGGGGUGGCUGCCGAGGCUGUGGACCGGGCAGCAAAGGUCAAGCUGUGUCCUGAGAAUGGCUACUGGACACUCCGCCUGAGGAACAGGACUGAGUACUGGGCCACCACCACCCCCUGGGUGCGCCUGACUCCACGCCGUCCCCCCCGGAAAGUGGGGGUCUUCCUAGACUGCCAGGAGGGCAUUGUCACCUUUUUUGAUGCUGGGGACAUGUCCCACCUCUUCACCUUCCACCAGGUCUCUGCGGAGAGGUACUGCCCCUUCUUCAGCACCUGCUUCAGCGAUGGGUUGGAAAAUGUGGAGCCCAUGUACCUCUGCCACCUUGCCCUGUGAGGGUGGGGGGUUGGCAUGCUUUGGGGACACCAGCCUGGCUCCUUGUCACUGCCUGGAGGCCAGUUCUGCACACUUGGAUCAUGGUGGGUGUUGGGUGAUGCUAGUUUGAUUUCACUUUUGGCAGGAAGGAGGGGGUAGAGUCUCUUCCCAGCUCCUGUCUGCCCUGCCUACUUUGUGCCAUGGGCUGGGGGGCCACACUGCCUGGCAGCUCUCAAAGAACAACCUUCUGUGCCUGAGUAUAUUGCACGGUGAAGUAUGCAGGCUGAUUGCACCUUCCAUCCCCCCGUACCUCCACUGAAACUCUGUGGAGGAAGUCAGUGGUCCUAGAGCACCGUUAGAUACCUCUUGACUGCGGUGUGUGGGCUUCCUCUGAUCGCAGGGCUUCACUGGGAAGGGCUCCAGGCUGGCGGCAGAGGGAGCUCCGUGCUUGGCCCGGCCACUGCGGUGCUGCCUCCCUGCGUGCUGCUUAUCACCAUUAAAGUUCAAUA